GUGAAAUCAGGCUCGGCUGAAUUGAGAGUGGAAAACUCAGCCUUCAGACAUCAUAAGCAAUAAAAUGCAUUGUCUUGCAUCCCCUAACCUGAGAUAUACCUUGACUAUAUCGGACUUGCAUGAUUGACGGUAUGGUCAAACCUUCUAAACCCCGUUUAAGAGUGAGGGGGGCAAAGAGGACCACUUCAUAUGUGACAUCACCAGAAAGCCUCAGUGCAUCGCAAAGUCAACAGUUACCCAACUCAUCAGCGACCUCUCAUUAUGAGCCUCCAAGCAUCCCCAAUUGGGGAGAAGCGCCAUCUCGUUCCGAAAUCGACUUGAAGCCUGGGACAGGGCAAGGGUCUAUCCAUAUUUCAGUUUUAUCUCAGAGAGAAAGCACAUCAACGUUUCGGAGUAUCUCUGAUAUGGGUCACCGUAAAUGGCUUGAGUCAUUAGUUUCUUAUAGAAUGUCUGCAAGUAUUUUUGGGGAUGUUCAGGAUUCGGAGGCACCAAUGGUUGACAUCGAUAUCUCCUCUGUCUGGGAAGCCCUGAUGAAUGCCUGCAGGAAGCCCGCCAUUGAUCAUACUGGUAAGCAAGAGUUUAUACCUCUGGGACAGCUCCUUCGGAUUCUAAGCCCAAGGAAUGUUGAAAAGAUACUAAAUCAAAGUUUCACGGAUGAAGCUUUGAUAAGCCUUGUCAACGAGGUAUAUGGAGCUGAUGGCGAACCACGAAGACUGAAGAUCAUGGCUACACUGAUAUUGGUGAAUGGACUGAGCUUUCUACUAGACUUUGUCAAUGCAAAGGUAGAAGAUAGUCAGCUUCCAGUUACCGUCCAGCGACAGGGGCAGCAACCUAUUUUAUACGACCGUGAGAAGAAUGAGAUAGAACCUUCAAAGAAAUGGACUUGGUCCUAUCCUCAAGCCGAAUACUUUACUAUGAAGCAGAUGCAAUUAUGCAGCCUGUUCUGCACUAUCGACGAAGAAGGACAGUUCAUGGAUCAUUUUCGCCUCCCUGCAGAUUUCGUCCUACCAUUCGUGGAUUCUGAGCCCCCUGAGAUUCGGUCUGGAGGAUAUGGUAAAGUCACAAAGGUCUUCAUCGAGCCGUCGCACUUAUGGUACCGGGGUAAGUACCCGAAACCAAAGUGCUUCGCUAUCAAGGCUGUUCAGCACAGCUCAAUAGACCACCCAAGUGAAGCAGACUCUCUCGCAAGGCGGUUGGUUAUCAAGAAGCUCGCAGACAGAGAACACCUUCAUCAGCUUCUUUUCUCCUUUCGUCGGGCCGACUAUUACUAUCUCGUUUUCGAAUGGGCUGAUGGCGAUCUGACUGAUCUAUGGAAAACAAUGCCAGGCUUAUACCGCCCCGAUAUCUACGAAGACGCGUGUUGGUUCUUCCGCCAAUGCGCCGGUAUUGUGCGGAGCCUGGGUAGUCUUCACGAGCAGCGCUCGUCCUACACUGCUAGCACUAUGGAGGAAAUAGUUCAUGUUGCACUGGCAGGAAAGUACGGACGGCACAGCGAUAUAAAGCCGCAAAAUUUGCUUUGGUUUGGUGAUUAUCAAGGAGAUAAGAAAGAUCAUCUAGUCAUCGCCGAUCUUGGUCUUACCCAGUUCAACACGUCACAGUCCAAGUCGCAUGCGUCAUGGGCUGGUAUCAAAGGUUAUACGCAAACCUACAAAGCACCUGAGAGUGAAGUAAGCCGUGAGGUUGGCGCCAGAUACGAUAUUUGGUCCCUUGGCUGCGUGUUUCUGGAGCAUGCGUCUGUGUUUCUGAUGCGGGAUGAUAGCUCUGUCAAGGCCUUCUCAGACAGCAGGCUAGAGGAGGAUCGUCGUCGGAACAGAAAAGGGAAUUAUCAUAGCGACACUUUCUACAAUGUGAUCACAGAGGAGAAUUCUACAGACGCGUACACACCGAUUGGAAGCAGUGUCAUCCGGGGGGAGGUCAAAGAGGCAGUUAUGAAAAUGAUUCAAGGUCUAAAAGACCAUAACUUGUGUGCUCCUUCGAUGUGUGACUUCUUAGAUCUCAUCAGCGAAGGGAUGCUAGUACCGAAUCAGUCUGUUCGAUAUACUGCCGGUAUGGUAUUGAGAGCUCUUAAAGAUAUCCAGCUCCGUUGUGAACAGGAUCGCCGGUACGCUUGCUCAUCAAGACACUUGCCAUUGGAGGAUCAGUUGGAGUCAAUUCCCGAUAGCCACAUUCCUUCAAGACAGUCUCAGAUCUUGGCAGGUAUCUCAGGAGGACAAGACGGAGCCAGGGCCAACUUUGACUCAUCUCACAUGGAGGCAAACGUUGAUGCUGCGGGUGCCGACCUGGAAGCAAUGAAAAUGCUUCAUGAGUUGCGUCACAUGAGCAACGACAUGACCCUAUCCCCAGGUAAUCUACAGCUCCAGAUGCCCCAGAUUCAAUUUGAUGGGUCUGUAGCAGGGCUUUUGCAAGAAUCCAGCCCUAUCAGCGAUUUGAUCCAUAAACUUGAGUCAUUCUCCAUCAGAGAAAAGACUUGACAGGAGUUAUGCAUCCUGAUGGUUAUACCUUAGACUGUACAGCUUGAAUAGACUUGAUACCCAUUCUUUUCACAGGUGUGGACCUAAAAUAUCAUCAAUCUUUUCGAAUCGAC